UUGGUGGCAGUGUACCCCCAACUUUUGAACGAGUACAAUUAAAUUAAUAAAUUAACAAUUUGAUCACUAUGAGACGUCAAUAUCUUGCCAGCAUUUUCGCCAUGUUUUGUUGCAUAAGCUUGGCAACGGGUCAAGAACUUGUCGCGGAACUUUGUACGGCACGACUAAUCUCGCCUAGAAUUGCCGCAACUGCCGGAUACGACGGCCUCGACGCGGUCUAUAUUUUUGGCGGACAUGCUGCAAGUAACGCUCCAAUGUCCGGGGUUCAAAAGUACAUUAUAUCCGAGGACAGAUUAGAAUUAGUGGGAAACCUGUACGAAGCUAAUUUCGGUGGGGUUGUCUCCCUCGACACGAAAGGAGACUUUUUCCUCCACGGUGGCUACUACUUUGGCAGGGAAAUUGUGAAGUUUUCACCGUCUGACAAUAAUUCCAUCACCGCUUCUGGAUACUUACCUGAGCAAACUUCUUUCAGUCCGGCUGUUAAGUACUCGCCUGAAAGUGACGUGGUUUUCAUCUUCAGCGCAAAGAACGCCAUGAACGAAAUAUUUAUGUUUUACUCAGAAGCACAAAAUGCUACUAAAGUGGGACAGUUGUCACUCAACUUGUGGUCAAUGGGUGCCGUGUCUGACGGGCGUGGGACUGCGUACAUCUUCGGAAACCAAGUCAUGGCCAAUUCUUCGAUUCAAUAUCCCGUUUAUGCCGUAAAUCUGAACACUCUCGAGGUCACUCCAGGCCCCCCAAACUUUCCCAUGCUUUCUUCCACUCCCUCCGUUGUUUGGGACAGUCGCUAUGCUUACAUUCUAUCCGGAUUUAGCACUACCACAAGCUAUGGCAUGAUUCGGUUUGAUCCGGAAACAAUGGAGAAUAUUUUCAUCCCCGUGAUUAACUAUCCCGGACCGAGAUUAUACGAACCAAGUGCCGUCUAUGUGAAAGAGUCGAACAGAAUUUACAUAUUUGGGGGACAAACAUCAACGCCAACAUACGUGUAUCAUGACCAAAUUUGGUUUAUUGAUUUAAAUCCGAUCCAGAAACUCUAAUUAAAAUUAAUGUCGUAAAAUAAUUAUUUUUUAGGAUGGCUUUGUUCAACAGGUAAUAAAAUUGUAUGCAACUAGAGAAUAAAUAAGAAUGCAUUAUUUCGUCAAAUCUCA